AUGCUCAACAUGAGCAAACCAAUGGACAUCUCUCAUUCCAUUAUAUAUCCCAAAUGGUUCGGCGGUUCUGCAUCAUGCAUGGCAGUCCUUGUUUCUCACCCUUUGGGCCUGAUCAAGGUCAGAAUACAAAUAAAGCAUAGUGGCACGAAAGCCGGGACACUCAAUACCUGCGUUCGAAUUGUUCGGGGAGAGGGCGUAUUUGCACUCUAA